GCAAAGAAGAGGGGGAGUAGUUCUAGAGAGAGAAAUUGAGAAACUGAGCGUUCGGGAGAGAGAGAAAGAGAAUCGGAGGGAGUGUCGUUUGCUAGGGAGAGAAACUUUUUUUUUUCCUCCUUAGAGAGAGAAAGUGAAAAAGUUGCGAAAGAAAGAGAGGGCGCGGAAGAGGAGGAUCUGAACGUCUUGGAAGAGGUAAAGGAGCUUGAAACCCUAACUUUUCUUCGAAUAUCAGAUCUGUUCGCUCCUUGUCCCCGUCGCUCUUUUUCAUCACCCUGUCUCUUCCUCCGUCCUUCUCUUUCUGUUGGUGUAGGGUUUCGUGUUUGGGCAGGAAGAUUUAGGCGGUUGUAGGUCUGGGGAAAAGCUUCAGUCUUUUUGCCGAUUUUGUGGUCCUCUGGCGUUUCUGCCGGAUUGAAUUCGGUGUUCGGGCGACAAUUAGGGUUUUUGCGGUGGCUGUAGGUAGUUUGGCAGAAAAACCCUAGUUUCGUGUGCCAAUUUUAUUUUUCGAAGCGAAGACAGAGAGAGAAAGUAAGGAAGUGGUUAGUUAGGGUUUUGGAGUUACAUGUAUGGCUUCAGGGUCUGCUGUUGGAGGGGAAGGAGUAGGAAAUGAUGGACCUAAAGAGAAGCCAAGGUACUCAGAGAGCAAAGUCUAUACGAGAAAAUCCUUCAAGGGUCUACGGAAUAGCUUAGCCAACAACAGCAACACGAAGGGAACAACAGCCAACGGCGCCACCCUAACCACUGCUGGUACAACCACUGUGACUGCACCGACUUCAGCUACGAUUGAUCAGAACGGAAGUAACAAGGACAAUGCUGCUGACUAUGUCUCGGUCAAAGCUUCCGAACCAUUAGCCUUGGUAUUAGAAGACACAGGUUCUGCUCAACCACAGCCACAGCCACACGAUGAUAACUCGAGUCAAGCUUCUGAAGCGCAAGCCUUAGUCUCAGAAGAUGCAGAUUCUGCCAAGCCACAGGUUGCUGCCUCGGUCGAAGUUUCUGAAACGCAGCCCUUACGGUCAGAAGACACAGGUUCUAUCCCUCCCGAGGACAAUGAAUCUAAUAAAGUUGAUGAACCUCAAGCCUUAGUGUCGGUAGACACAGGUUCUGCUCAGCAGUCCCGGGACAGUGGAUCUAUUAGAGUUUGUGAACCUCAAGCUUCAGUGAUAGAAUACACAGAUUCUGCUCAGCCACCGGAUGGAGGCUCAAUUGAAGUUCCUCAACCACAAGUCUUAGUGUCAGAAGUCACUGAUUCUGCUCAGCCGCCGCAACAACAUGAACAACACCUGCAGCAGCCACCCCAGGAGCAACACCAACUGCGAGAACUCGUGCAAGAGCAAGAACAACUGGGGGAUCAGGUGCAAGAGCAGCCAGGGAAGCCAAAACAGCCAGAGCAACAGGACCGACAAGGCGAGCUGGCAGAGGAGCUGGCAGGGCAACAGAAACAACCAGAGAUUGCGGAGCCACCCCCAAUGCCUCCUCCCUUACGUUUGGAUGUGACCUCUGAUGACUCCUCCAGCCUCCAGAGGCAGCACGUUGAUGCAGCAGCUAGUUUACGGAGGGAGGAAGAGCCAGCAGGAAAUGGUGCAGGGAAGGAAGGACUCGAGAGCAGAACAAAGAUAAAUUUAGCAUCGGUUUCCAAGCUGGAGAUGAGACAGAUCAGGAGGAAGCUUGAGGAUGAACUCAAUACUGUGAAGAUGUUGGUGAAGAGAAUUGAGGCCAAACAAGGCCAGCUUGGUGUUGCCACUAUCAGCAGUUCGCUUCCUUUGAGACAUAGUGUCCUUGAUAGUAGAUUGACAAGGGUGAAUUCAGAUGUUGGAUCUGUAGGUGUUCCUCGAGAGGUCACUACUUCUAUUACUACUCCAACGCCAAGGCAGACUCGGCCUUUGCAUCAGCUUAGUGUAUCUGUGCUGGAGAAUAGUCAGGGUGCAGCUGAGAAUGUCGAGAAAGAAAAGAGAACACCAAAAGCUAAUCAAUUUUACAGGAACUCUGAUUUUUUGCUUGCAAAAGAUAAGUUCCCCCCAGCUGAGAGUAACAAGAAGUCAAAAUCAGGUAGCAAGAUUCGAUUUGGGUCAAACACCAAAAUAUUCAGGAAUUGCACUUCUUUACUUGAGAGAUUGAUGAAGCAUAAGCAUGGAUGGGUGUUUAAUGCUCCAGUUGAUGUGGAGGGUCUUCGAUUGCAUGAUUACUACACCAUUAUCAAACAUCCUAUGGAUUUGGGAACAGUUAAGGCAAGACUAAAUAAGAAUUGGUACAAGUCACCAGAAGAGUUUGCAGAAGAUGUGAGACUUACAUUUCAUAAUGCCUUGACAUACAACCCAAAAGGUCAGGAUGUUCACAUAAUGGCUGAACAGUUGCUUACUAUGUUUGAGGAAAGGUGGGCCGUUGUGAAGGAGGAUUAUGAUCGAGAGACGAGACUUGCCCCUUAUGAUAUGGGUUUUCCAACACCUACCUCCCGUAAGGUUCCUUCACUAUCGUUGCCUUCUCUUGAUAUGAGAAGGAUGUUGGAUCGUUCAGAAUCGAUGACUUAUCCUUCCGUCGACAUCAGACAGAGACCUAUUGGUAUUACACCAUCAGGUAGGACCCCUGCUCCAAAAAAGCCCAAGGCAAAGGAUCCACACAAGAGGGAUAUGACAUAUGAGGAGAAGCAGAAGCUUAGUACGAAUCUUCAGAGCCUGCCUUCGGAUAAGCUGGACAAUAUUGUACAAAUAAUUAAGAAGCGAAAUUCAGCACUUUCACAACGUGAUGAUGAGAUUGAAGUGGAUAUCGAUAGUGUUGAUGCGGAGACUCUGUGGGAACUUGACCGGUUUGUGACCAACUACAAAAAGAGUCUAAGCAAGAAUAAGAGAAAAGCUGAACUGGCUAUGCAGGUUAGAACAGAAGUGGAGCGAAAUGUCCAGCAGAAGCAGGCCCUUCUUUCAUCUGCUACUGAUCCUCCUAAAGAAGCCAAUGAAGGUGAAAGAAAUAUUUCGAAUUUAUCUCCUGCACUAGUGGACAGACAAGCAGAUAAUGGAAGUAGGUCAAGUAGCUCGAGCAGUUCCAGCAGUGGUUCUGGUUCUUCAUCUAGUGACUCUGACAGCGACAGCUCCUCGGCAUCUGGUUCUGAUAUAGGGCGCUAACUCUUGGUAUGAGUAGUUCAGUUGGAUGUCAAGAGGUUUAGGAGUAGGUGACAGGCCCCCAAUUCAAAUGAUGUGGUGCGCUUCAGGCCGUCGUUCUUGGUAGAGAUCUGCAUUUGGUGUACAGGCUCGGAAGUGCCAACAGUUAUGCCAUCACUGGAUAGUGGGUCUGCUUCUCACUAACUGGUGUGAUGUCCGAUUUCUUUAGUCCACAAGUACCUUAUUUUGUCUUGUGAGAGAAUUGUAUAAUAUGUAGUAGCCAAAUUGUGGUGAUUGAUUAGAUGCGAGAUGGGUUGUUUCUGAUGAUGAUAUAUCACAUUGUACAUGCCUAACUACUGCUGCUUCCCUUAGUUGUGACUUGGCACAUUCAGGAUUCUUUGAUGCCUACAUAAAAAGAAUUAGUUUGCGAUCAUGCUCUUGUAGUUCAUAUUGCUUUUGCAGCUGUGAUAUGUACUGGAUGUCCAUGGGAAGAAUCGUGUCUGCAGUGUAUUGUGGAGAAAGUGAUUGGAGAAUGAUGAUGUAGUUCCUUUCCUUUUGGCUUCAUGCAACGUAGGUUACUAACUUUGCUUCUAUCCUUCACAUUGUUUGGCAGUGGGGAAGGCGAAACUGUGAAUGUGUUCAGUGACAGCAUUGUGUAUUGUGUUUGGUUAUAUGAACGUUCAUUGAGUUUGUGGGCAGUAUGUGACGCCGAUUUUAACUGCAGUGCAAAUCCAGAGCUUGAUCAUGCUGUUGAAGUCGGAAGAACUCGAGCAUCGGACGAGUGUAUAAAUUAUGGGAUCUCAGGAUAUUCCAUUGCUGAAAAAUGGGAAAAGUGGUAACAUCCAACGAUACGGCUGCUGUAGUUUGGUGUAUAUUGUUUUCUACUCUCUUUUUUUUUUUUUUUUUAUGUCAAAGAAAUCCUUUUGGAUUAAUAAGAUAAGUCAUAAGUGCGAGAAUAGCCACAAUCCGCUCCUUUGCGGACUCAAUGACAACGUAAAUACGAGUAAUAUAAAGGACAUUAAGUACUUAUAUCGAAGUAAUAUAAGGCAUUUCGUGCCCAC